UCGUACUUGUAUUGCAGCCCUGCUGAUACCAAAACAAAAAUCAGCUGUCUUAGAAAAUUUAAGUUCGUUGUGAUUGCAUAGUAAAUGCUAUUUGUUUAAACAUCACACAAAGUUAAAUAUAAUACUUCAAAAUUAAUAGAACAUUACGCUGGACGGCAAAUGAUUAUAGACCAUCGACAACAAAACGAUAAUAGCAGUACAGAGACAGCAAGGCACUCUCUUCGAAGCAAUGCGUAAAAGAUAAAAACACGGAGGCGAUAAGAGCAACCCAAUCAAACGUGCCAAACAACAGAUACCCAUACAACUAUACACCUAGACAAACGCACACACAAACAGUUAUUCACAGGGGCAUAAUUAGAGCAAACAGCAAAACGCUAAAUAUGUUGUCUUACAUUAAGCGCAAACUCUCCGAAUCAGACAGCGGCAGCAACAAUAGCAACAGCAACAGCAAUUCAACAGCCGCCGCGGAUCUCGUUCGAAAAACAAGUCAAAUGUCAUUAGACAAUGGUGCAAUUGCCUAUGGAGAGGAUGCUUUAUUACAUGAGCUGGGUUAUCGCAAUGCCACAGAUCUACAAGAGACAAUCUAUGAUCUGUUGCGCACCAUACGCGAUCCGGAGAAGCCUUGCACGCUGGAGGACUUAAAUGUUAUCUAUGAGGAUGGGAUUUUCGUGAUGCAGCCAACGCGUUCGAAUGUCUCAGUGGUGCGCAUUGAAUUUAAUCCCACUGUGCCGCAUUGCUCUCUGGCCACGUUGAUCGGCCUCUGCAUACGCGUCAAGGUGGAGCGUGGUCUGCCGCACAAUAUAAAACUGGAUAUUUAUAUCAAAAAGGGCGCACAUCAAACCGAGGAAGAGAUUAAUAAGCAAAUCAAUGACAAGGAACGCAUUGCAGCUGCCAUGGAGAACCCCAAUCUACGUGAGCUAGUCGAGAAUUGCAUCAAGGAGGAGGAAUAGAUGUGCAGCGUGCAGCUGCUCGAUUGUGGUGUAUAUAGAGAUUUAAGUCGGUUUUAGCUUCUAAGUGUACCAAGUACUUGUCGCCUUUUGCUGUAUGAGUUGUAUACAAAAUUAAAGUUUUAAGACUUUUUAAAGGGGAGAACAAAUUAUAUUCAAGAGAGGCUGAUCAUGUCAUCAUUUUAGCAA